UGUGCUUCAAACUUUCCAGCGAAUCCAUACCCGGUUCAGCUACUCCGCCGGGAGAUUUGAGUUUUGUCGAGCUUCGGCUUCCAUUAUUGAAAACCACAAGAUCGACGGACGGGAUCGUUCCGCUUGCUUUCACUUCCCUCGUCAGAAAGCCACGACCAGGCGUCGGCUACCCGAUUUUCUUCACCUUCUUCCCUCUCGGCCGGACCUCCUCCACUUCUGCGCCGCCUCGCCGCCUACUUGAGCUCGACAUACCCUUUUAUCGGCGCAUACUUAUACCAGACACAGGUCAUUGCCCAACCCGCAACCGCUGCCAUGGCUGCGCUCGGCGACGACUUGCUGGGGACCGUCAACAAGUUGCAGGACCUUGUCUUCAACACUAUUGGCAAUGACUCCCUAGAUCUCCCACAGAUUGUUGUUGUUGGGUCCCAGUCCGCGGGCAAGUCGUCUGUUCUCGAGAACAUUGUCGGCCGGGAUUUCCUCCCCCGUGGCAGCGGCAUUGUCACUCGACGGCCCCUCAUCCUACAGCUUAUCAAUGUGCCCGACGACGACGGUGGAGAUGACCCGAAUGCCCGCUACCGGAGCCCGACUCAGGCCGCCCCUAACGAGUGGGCUGAAUUUCACCACAUCCCCAACCGCCGGUUCAAUGACUUUGGCGAUGUCAAGCGGGAGAUCGAGAACGAGACCUCGAGGGUGGCGGGGAACAACAAGGGCAUCAAUCGCCAGGCCAUCAACCUGAAGAUAUUUUCCCCAAACGUCUUGAACCUGACCCUUGUUGACUUGCCGGGUCUCACAAAGGUGCCCAUUGGAGACCAACCGACGGACAUCGAAAAGCAGACACGCAACCUAAUCUCCGAGUACAUUGCGAAACCUAAUAGCAUUGUCCUGGCUGUCUCACCCGCAAAUGUCGACAUCGUCAACUCGGAGGCUCUGAAGCUUGCCCGGCACGUCGAUCCUCUGGGACGGAGGACGAUCGGUGUGCUGACCAAGGUCGACUUGAUGGAUCACGGCACCAACGCUCUUGACAUCCUAUCCGGGCGCGUCUACCCUCUGAAACUAGGUUGGAUCGGCGUGGUGAACCGGUCGCAGCAAGAUAUCCAAGGCAACAAACCCAUGGAAGAUGCGUUGAAGUCCGAGUCCGACUUCUUCAGACAUCACCCGGCUUAUAGGAACAUCGCGACCCGUUGUGGCACGCGCUUCCUCGCCAAGACGCUCAACACCACCCUAAUGGCUCACAUUCGAGACCGUCUUCCCGAUAUCAAGGCCCGCUUAAAUACCCUCAUGGGGCAAACCCAACAGGAGCUUGCCAGCUACGGAGACAUGCAUUUUAGCGGGAAGGAGCAUCGCGGCUCACUUAUCCUGCAACUCAUGACCCGUUUUGCGACAUCCUUCAUAUCCUCCAUUGAUGGCACUUCAACGGAAAUCUCGACAAAAGAACUCUGCGGAGGCGCCCGCAUCUAUUACAUCUUCAACUCCGUCUUUGGGAGCUCGCUGGAAUCGAUCGACCCUACUUCGAACCUCUCUGUCCUCGACAUCCGGACGGCCAUCCGCAACUCGACAGGCCCGCGCCCGAGUCUGUUUGUCCCUGAGAUGGCUUUUGAAUUGCUUGUUAAGCCCCAGAUUAAGCUCCUCGAGGUCCCGAGUCAACGGUGCGUUGAGCUAGUGUAUGAAGAGCUCAUCAAGAUCUGCCAUACCUGCGGCUCCACCGAACUCUCGCGGUUUCCUAGGAUGCAGGCCAAGCUCAUCGAGGUCGUCUCGGACCUCCUUAGGGAGCGGCUCGGCCCCGCGUCUGGCUACGUCGAGUCGCUCAUAUCCAUUCAGCGUGCGUACAUCAAUACCAACCAUCCCAACUUCCUCGGCGCUGCUGCUGCUAUGAGUCACGUCGUGACCAAUAAGCAAGAGCGGGAGAGGAAGCGCCUGAUACAAGAGGAACGGGAACGGCGAGAGCGGAGGCGGAUGAAGGAGCUUGGCGCCAAUGGCGUCGACACUCCCGCCGAGGAGGAAGAUGAGAAUGCCGUAACGGAGAGGGGCGAUAACGUCGCGGUACGGAAAGCGCCCGGAAAGGCCUCACGCAGCGACUCGCCAGCCGUUCGGGAUCGGUCUACCAGCGGCAUCGCUGCUGCCCUCAACGGGGUCCGAUCCGCGUCCCCCUCUCCGUUCAACGGGCAGGGUGUGGGCGGCGCUAAGGACUCGUUCCUGAACUACUUCUUCGGUAAGGACGGCGCCAUCGUGCCAGGCGCUCCGCCGCCGAAUUCAAAUAUCGGCCGCCACGUGACCCACUCCAUCGAGCCGAGCUUCAGCCAAAGUAUGAGGCGACAGGACGAGAAAGCUUUGCGGUCUCCGCCGCCAGCGCCCAUCCGGGUGGACGAUGCCCUUGAUUUCACAGGAGGGUCCAAGGGAACGGACCUUGUUAACAACGGCGACCCGGCCAUGACCGACCGCGAGGCUAUGGAGACAGAGUUGAUCCGAGCGCUGAUUAGCUCCUACUUCAACAUUGUCCGUGAGAGCAUUGCCGAUCAAGUGCCCAAGGCAAUCAUGCACCUUUUGGUCAACCACUGCAAGGACGUUGUCCAGAACCGGCUCGUGAGCGAGUUGUACAGGGAGACCCUCUUCGAGGAGCUUCUUUACGAGGAUGAUGCGGUGAAGAAGGACCGUGAGAAGUGCGAGAAGCUGCUCGAGACGUACCGAGAGGCCGCCAAGAUCAUCGGCGAGGUUGUAUAGAUAGCCCCAGCUUGUUGAUAUUAAGAACAGUGGACUGAUUUCGGGGGUUCUCGGUGUUGCUGUACCGUACACGAGUCUAGCUAGCCCUGGGCCUGGGCGAAGGAUGGCCAUAUAUGUUGUUGGUGUUUGGGCGCUGGGUUUUGGACCUCUCUCUUAGUCGGAGCGGGCCUUCGCGGCCGCUGAGGAGGCUAGUCUUGUAUAACAUCAGAAGUCAUAGCCGGGCAGGGAUGGAGGAACAGCUGCGCCUGAGGACCGCCAUGUCAUGGGCCUCGACAGGAGCAGCCACGGCUUUGUUGCCGUUACUCCCUCGAUCUAAGCUGUAAAUACAUAAGGACCACAAUCUUCCCCUCAAUAGUUGCGUUAUUAGACACGGUUUAUCUCCUAGAUCGGACCUCGCAUUCAUCGUAAUUUAAAGAGAUCUCAAUUUAAAACCACCGGUUGUAUUCGUUGGGUUGUGGGAUUUGGCGUUC